CCUCAUCCAAUCGAUAGCACGGACUUUCGCACGUGAAGGACGUCGUUGGGAGCAGCAUCUGAGCAAGAUCUUGAAACCGAGCAAGUAAACGACCCAUCUGAGCACAUUUUCUCCGUCGACAUGGACCGACCAAAAUCCUUGGGCGAGGGCUUGACCAGCAGUAUAGCAACAGCCUGGUCGUCUCCAGGAUUGAACUGCCGCUCACCAGUCACACCACGCAUACCACGGACACCGAGGAUCCCUCAUGGUCAGAAGCCAGUCUCGCAGCAGGGUCAUUCACUCCCGCAAGAAGAAGAUGAAGAUACCUGUCCGAUCCUUCCUUCAGGGCUCACCUUCUCACUCCCAACCAUAUCAUCUCACGCCGCCCGAGAUGGCCGCUCCAAGAAGGGAAGGAUCUCUAGACCACCAAAUCUCAAGCCGGAAUGUCUACACACCUCAUCGCUGUGCCAAUCUCACGGCGAGGACAACUUUCUCCCUCUCAGCGCCCUGUCAAUUACACCAUGCCUGAUCAACCAGCCUAAACAUGCCACCCAGGAACAUCACCUUACUACUUUCUCCGCGGUCAACCUCAUCCUCGGCAAAACAGUCGGCGUCGGGGUCUACUCAGUGCCAUCGGCAAUAUUUGCAGAGGUUGGAUCUGUCGGGAUGACAUUGCUUGUAUGGGUCGUCGGAGCAAUAAUCUCCUUCUGCGGAAUGUCCGUCUACCUUGACCUGGGAACUGCGAUGCCAAGGUCAGGAGGGGAACGAGUCUACCUUGAACGGAUAUUUCGUCAACCCCGGAUGCUUGCCACCUGCAUGUUCAUGGCCUAUGUCGUCCUCCUCGGCUUCAGUACACCCAACUGCAUCAUCCUCGGCAACUAUGCAGUGUCGGCGCUGGGAUUUGAGCCAAACGUCUGGAGUGUGCGCGGACUCGCCGUCUUCGUCGUCACGCUUGCAUGCCUCAUCCACGCACGAGCACCAUCGACCGGUCUACGCAUCAUCAACAUCCUAGGCGUGGGAAAGAUGUUGAUUCUGGCAGCGGUAAUACUCAGCGGUGUCGCCAGUGUAAGCCGCACUUCCACAAGUGAUACUCCAUCCGUCGCACGGCAGAACUUCACGUCGAUUUGGGAAGGGACCAGCACCAAGCCUUACAACUAUGCCACCGCGCUCCUUCAGGUGCUCUACUGCUUCCGCGGCUACAACACGGCGAACCAAGUCAUGUCCGAGGUCCGUAACCCGAUUUCGACGAUCAAGAUCGCAGCCCCUGUCGCUCUCAGCAUCGCAUCAGUAGGAUACGUUCUUGCCAACGUCGCCUACUUCUGUGCCGUAGAGAAGGAAGACUUCCGCACCUCAGGGGUAGUUAUCGCCAGCCACUUCCUCCGCAACGUCUUUGGUCCGGUAUGGGGAGAACAGAUUCUGCCUUGUUUCAUCAUCGUGUCAGCAUUUGGAAAUAUAGCGGCGACCUCUUUCGCACAGGCUAGGGUGAACCAGGAAUUGGGAGCGCAGGGUCUGCUUCCUAUGUCGAAAUUCUGGCGCAAGAAGAACGCUGCCGGUGCACCCGGUCCGGGGUUGUUCCUGCACUGGCUGGUCAGUGUCCUGGUGAUCGUCCUUCCGCCUCCAGGCGAGAUAUACAAUUUUCUCCUUGAGAUCGGCGGUUACCCUGUCUCGGUCCUAUCAGUCGCUAUUUCGGCGGGACUGUUGUAUCUUCAACUAUCACGCAGAGAACGCUGGCAGAGCCCGUGUCCGGCGAAACGAUUGCAUACUUUGGUGUUUCUGCUCAGCAACUUUCUACUGUUGAUCUUCCCAUGGAUCAACCCCGGGGAGGGCCAAGGAAAUUCGAGGUUCGCUUACUACGCGUAUCCUGCAACUUCGCUUGGGAUCCUCGGGAUGGGCGGCUUGUACUGGGUGUUUUGGCGAUUGCGAUAUGCGGAGACGUCGACGCCUGGAACGCCUUUGCUUCAGCGGUGGGGUUCCUCUGAUACUUCAACGUCACCGAUUGAGGAUGAGGGUGGUGACAGUGUGGGUCUUUUGCGGUACAAGGGGUCUACAGCGGGUAAGGACCUGAAGAGGGUGUUCGCCGUUGAACACGACAUGGAUGUGGAAGGAUCAGAUGAUGAGUCGUCUGACUUAUCAGGGGCCGAACAAAUAUGAGAGGUAGUCCCUAACUAUGACCCAACCGCGAUCUCCAGUGACGAACGACCUGAUGUAGAGGUAUACUGGUCGCGGCGACGGGAAAGGAACAACAAGCAAGCAUCACAUACGUACUUGUCGAACAGAAAUA